UUACCCUCGUUUUUGGAGGAUAUUAAUGAUAAGACAUUGUUUUAAAUAUAAAAUAAAAGAAACUCACGACCAUGCCAAAACCACGUGGCCUCCACCAAGCUUGAAGUCACGAGCCAUCCUUUGCAUGCAGCUCAAGAACAUGUUUUCGAUCAAAACGCGCUUCAAAACGCAAAUAAAUGGGCGACAAUCCUAAAUCAACCGUUAAUAUUACAAGUUAAUGGUGUUGUCUCGAGACUGUUUCCAAAAUUGUUUAAGGGGAUCGAUAUAUUCGCUACAAAAUACUAAACAAAAUAGGUUUGAAACAAUCAAGAUGGCGGCCGAUGUUGAAUAUGAAAAGACUCGUGAGGGUCCACCACCAAAAAAGCAAGAAGCUGUUGAAGAGCAAUUGGAAGCGGACGAGAAGCUCGAGAUAGAUGAGGUAUUUGCGGCAGAGGAAGAAGAAAAAGAGAAAGUUACAGAUAAAAAAAAAAACCCUGUUGAACAGGAGGAUAUAGACCCACAGUACGGUCUCACAGACCGAGGGCACCCUGUGGUCCAAGAGACUGGCAAUAGGGACGAAGAAAGUGAUGAUGUAGAAGAGCGGGUUUAAAAAGACUGAUCCCCUGGAUGCGUGUAAUCUGUGUUAGAUGACGGGAAUGGCUGGAGAGGGGGGGCGGGGCAGUCAGAAAGUUAAACUUUCCCUCCCUCUUUUAUUCUUUAUACAAUAAGAUAAAAAGAUAACAAUAAAUAUUAAUUAAUUAAUAAUAAUAAUAAUAAUAAUAUAAUAAUAAUUAAAAAACGUUGCAGCGUACUUUUCUUGAUUCAUUUGCUAUAAAUUUUAAGUCGAGCUUAUCUGUGACAUCCUGAUAAUAAUGUAGUUCACUCUUUUUUUAUAAGAACCUUUUCAAUAAGAACAUGCAUGCUGAGAUUUCAACAAAUUUUAAGAACAUGCUAGGAACCUGCUGAGGCUCAUAUAGCAGAAAAAAAUAUUACUUAAUUAGUCUAUGUGUUCUAAAAUGCAGUGUCAAAUUGUGUUAAUCGAUAACAACCUAAAAUAUUAUUGCUAUUAAUCAUUUGUGCAAUUCUCUACCUAAUAAUUCAUUGGGAACUAUAUUUUAUAAGCACUAAAACUUAAGAACAUCUUUAAGAGCACUUUCAGCCUUAAAAUGCUAAAAAAAUAAGAACGGCCCAGCCUCAAUUGAAAAGUAGACGAUCUUAUAAAAAAAGAGUGUAUCAUCAAACGAGUCAGUCUCGAUUGAGCCAUGAGUCAUUGCAGGUGCAGGGCCGUAGGCAGGGCCCAAUAUUUUCAAAAAUUAGAACCAGUAGGGGUGUGGCCAGGUCCCCAUGUUUUUAAAUGUUUAUUGCCACCCCCACCACCCCACCACCACCACCACAUCCAUACAGCACUGCAUUCCCCCAGAACAAACGUAAAUCUCAAAAUACCGGCCCAAAUGGCUUGAAACUUCACACAGAUCAUAUUUAAGAUUCCACUGUCAGGUCAGAAUAUUAUUGAGAGUCUUAACGUUUUUAUUUCGUAUUAAAGUAAACGCCUUAUUCCAA